AAAAUACUAAUUGAUCGGCGGUACAUUUACGCCAAGCAUCCACCACAACUCACUCACUCACUUCUAAAGCUUGGAUUCUGGAAUCUAGGGUUUAUCAAUUGUUUUCUUCAAUGGCUUUAACCAACACUAAAAUCCCAUGUUUCGGGCUAACAGCCACAAGAAGUCUCUUAAACCCUUCAAAAUCGCUCUGCUUGGCUCCGAGAGUUUCGUUCUCUGUCUCGUCUACUGAUUCUCUCAAGCUAACCACUUCAAGAAAGGUGAUAGCAAUGGCUGGGGAUAGUUCCAGAGUCAUGGAGAUGUCGAAUUUAACUGCAUUAUCGCCUUUGGAUGGACGUUAUUGGGGAAAAGUUAAGGAAUUGGCUUCUUCGAUGAGCGAGUUUGGGUUGAUCUAUUUCAGAGUACUUGUCGAGAUCAAAUGGCUUCUUAAGCUUUCAAAUAUUCCUGAAGUCACUGAAGUUCCAAGCUUUAGCAAAGAAGCUCAGAAGUACUUGCAAGGCAUCAUCGAUGGAUUUAGCUUGGAUGAUGCGUUGGAAGUUAAGAAGAUUGAGAGAGUAACAAAUCACGAUGUGAAAGCAGUGGAGUAUUUCUUGAAACAAAAGUGUGACUCACAUCCAGAGAUUGCUAAGGUUCUUGAGUUUUUCCAUUUUGCUUGUACGUCUGAGGACAUCAACAAUCUUUCCCAUGCUUUGAUGCUUCGAGAAGCACUUAGUUCGGUUAUACUUCCUACCAUGGACGAGCUGAUUAAGUCAAUCUCUUUGAUGGCUAAAAGUUUUGCGUAUGUCCCGAUGCUUUCACAUACUCAUGGGCAGCCAGCUUCUCCUACAACCUUGGGUAAGGAAAUGGCGAUAUUUGCUGUGAGGUUGAGCGAAGAAAGGAGAUAUCUUUCAGAAACUAAGAUUAAGGGGAAAUUUGCGGGUGCUGUUGGGAACUACAAUGCCCAUAUAUCCGCAUAUUCUAAUAUCGACUGGCCUCAUGUUGCAGAGGAGUUUGUUACUUCUCUCGGAUUAACAUUCAACCCAUACGUGACACAGAUUGAACCCCAUGACUAUAUGGCUAGACUUUUUAAUACAAUUAGCCAAUUCAACAAUAUCGUAAUCGACUUUGACAGAGAUAUAUGGAGCUACAUAUCUGCAGGGUACUUUAAGCAGACAACUAAAGCGGGUGAAAUCGGAUCAUCGACAAUGCCUCACAAAGUGAAUCCUAUUGACUUUGAGAACAGCGAAGGGAAUCUAGGUAUAGCAAAUGCACAGCUUGCUUUUCUCAGCAUGAAGCUUCCCAUUUCACGAAUGCAGCGUGAUUUAACCGAUUCAACUGUCUUGAGAAACAUGGGUGGAGCUUUAGGACACUCCCUUCUCGCUUACAAGAGCGCGAUUCAGGGAAUCGGGAAGCUUCAGGUUAAUGAAGUUCGGUUGAAAGAAGAUUUGGAUGAUACUUGGGAAGUCCUUGCUGAACCGAUACAGACUGUGAUGAGGAGAUACGGUGUUCCAGAGCCGUAUGAGAAGCUGAAGGAACUAACAAGAGGAAAAGCUGUGAAUGAAGAAAGCAUUAGAAAGUUUAUCAAAGGUUUGGAUCUGCCUGAAGAAGCAAAAGACCAACUUUUGGAGCUAACUCCACACACAUAUGUUGGCGCUGCUGCUGCAUUGGCGCUGGCCGUGGAUGAAGCUGUGCAUUUGGGACAUUGAUGAAGAUCGAAUCGGUGGUAGAUUGUGCUCUUGUAUUAUGCUAUUCUUUUCCAAAUCCGAUAGUAGAAGAAAGUCAAUUUAUAGAUCGAUGGCUUAUACAUUUUACAAUGUUGAGAAAAAUCUUGUAUUGUUAUGUUAUUUUUUUCCUCUUUAGGUUUUUGACCAUUACCAAAUGAAUCACAACCUCUCUUUUUUUAUCUCUUGAA